AUGAUGAUGAUGAAUCACUCAGUUCUAGACCACCCUGGAAAGACACAGUCAGGCCCUAAAGUUCGAGACGUGCAUGGAAGGUUUACUGUUGAUCCUGAAAUUCGCUUCACCAAAUUAGAAAUGAUUGGGAAGGGUUCCUUUGGAGAAGUGUACAAAGGAAUUGACACAGAGACAAAAGAGGUGUUGGCCAUCAAGAUAAUUGAUCUGGAGGAAGCAGAGGAUGAAAUUGAGGAUAUUCAGCAGGAGAUUAUGGUCCUGUCUCAGUGUGACAGCCCCUAUGUGACCAAAUACUAUGGAUCCUAUUUAAAGGGUUCUAAACUUUGGAUAAUUAUGGAGUACCUUGGUGGAGGCUCAGCUCUGGAUCUCAUGAAAGCCGGCACAUUCACAGAAAAUGACAUUGCCAUUAUAUUACGAGAAAUCCUGAAAGGAUUGGAUUACCUGCAUUCCGAGCGGAAACUACACAGAGAUAUUAAAGCUGCAAACGUACUGCUGUCCGAACAAGGGGAUGUCAAGUUGGCAGACUUUGGAGUGGCUGGUCAGCUCACAAACACAACCAACAAGAAACAGACAUUUGUGGGAACUCCAUUCUGGAUGGCCCCUGAAGUUAUAAAACAGUCAGCCUAUGACACUAAGGCAGACAUUUGGAGUCUGGGUAUCACAGCUAUAGAACUGGCUAAAGGAGAACCUCCAAACUCAGAGCUGCAUCCGAUGAGGGUGCUGUUUUUGAUCCCAAAGAACAACCCCCCACAGCUGACAGGCAAUUAUUCCAGAGCUUUCAAGGAGUUUGUGGAACUGUGCCUGAACAAAGAUCCUAAUAAUCGCCCUCCAGCCAAAGAACUGUUGAAGCAUCCAUUCAUCAGACGAGCCAAGAAGACAGCUUACCUCACAGAGUUGAUUGACAGGUACAAGAGGUGGAAGCAGGAGAAGGGACAGGACAGUGACAGUGAGAGCGACCAGUCUGAUGGGAAUAGUGAUGAUGAGGAGUUUGAUCAGUGGAUUAUGACUAUCAAGGAACCAAAAUCUAAUGGGGUUUCUAAUCAGAAUGCUGCCAGACAAAACCACUCUGUUCCUAUGAAAACUACCCCAGAGAAAGUGGCCAUGCAUGCACAACCAAUAGCACAGCCUGUCUCUCACUCUUCUGCCGGCAAGACAGCUCCAGUGACUCCGGCUAAGGUAUCAGCAGGCAAUGUAGUUGACGGAAAUCGUGGUGGGGCAGCACCAUCUGUGAUUCAUGAAAAGAGUGGCUCGGAUCCUGUUGACUUCAGUUCCCUUAGUAUCAACAACAAUGAAAUUACAUCUAGGCAUGUGCGCAGCCAUUCUGAUAACCAACUGCCUCUCAGUGCAGGGAGUAAGGUGCUCCCUCGAGACUCCCAACUUGAUAGGCCCAAAUCCCAGCAUGACCUGCCUAGCAUUAUGGAGAUUGGUAACCGCCGAAGCUUUGCUAGUGGUGAGGAGGACUACUACCGAAACCUGCAUCAACAGCAGCAGCAGCAACAGCAGGGCCACUCACAUCAUCCCUAUUACUACCAGCAGCAGCAGCAGCAACAACAGCGUGACCCAACUGUCCCUCCAUUUGGAGGUUACCAAGUUCUGCCUCCUCCUGUACCUACAAAGCCAGCCAAGAACCGAGCUCCUGAACGACCCGAGACAUCAGCAACUCUUACCUCUGCAGUCAAGCCAAUCUUAACUCAGUUACAAGAAGAAUACAACAAUGAGUUCCGGCGCAUUGGAAGACCCCUGCCACUUCUAGAAGUGAUCAGAGAACUACAGAACGCCUUCGAUCUAGCAGAGAGGUCUUGCCCUGGUCUGACUGAUGAUCUGGUAUCCGAAGUUCUGACCAGGCUCUUGGUGUCACCGUCAUUGAAUUCUUCAUCUCAGUUUUCACAUUCAGGUGAGACUGAGGUCAGACGAGCUGUGGACAGAAUCAAGAGGCCAUCCUAG